AUGGCUCAAUAUUCGGCUAAACAACCACAACAAGCCGAUUUUACAGCAAAUGCUCACAAUGCAGAAAACCCGAGUUUUAAAAACACGCCGGUUUCCCCUGCUGAAAGCAAUAUUUCAGGAUCGACAGAGAUGCGUACUACAGAAUGGCGUCAGAACCAAGAUUCUAUUUCGAAAAACAAGUCAAACGCCGAGUCAGUAGAUCUAUCAAUCUCUCAUGGAUCGGCUUUCGUGCCUGUAUCUCAACACGGCAUACAAUGGGCAGACACCAACAUGACUUCUCCGAUGCCAAACAACCAAACAGAUCUUCAGAUCACAAAGGACUCGUCUUAUUCACACCAGAAUUCUAAUUAUCACACCACAAAGACUAUCAAAUCAAUUCAGACUGGUUUGACGGAUCAAUCACAUCGAUCUGUGGUGCCAAGGGUUAGACUUACAACGACCAUGUGGGAAGAUGAAGACACCAUAUGCUACCAAGUCGAUUUAAAAAAUGUCUGUGUUUCUCGAAGAAAAGACAACAACAUGAUUAAUGGAACAAAAUUACUCAAUGUCACUGGUAUGUCUCGAGGUAAACGGGAUGGAAUCCUAAAGAAUGAAAAGGAUCGAGUGGUUAUCAAGGUGGGAGCUAUGCAUCUAAAAGGGGUGUGGAUAACCUUUUCAAGAGCUUAUCUACUAGCAACUCGUUACAAAAUACACGAUUCACUUUAUCCGCUUUUUGUGGAAGAUCCGAGUAUAUUUCUUUAUGUUUCGCCAUUUCAACAUUCGGCUGGUAAAUUGGACAGUUCGGGACAAUCUUACCGGAGGUUGUCUUCAUUUGGAAACACUUCUGGGGUAGUCAAAGGCUCAGGGAUAAGCUCUGCAGAUACGCACGGACCAACAACAACAUCAACAACAACAGCAGUAACAACAAUAGCUGCUCAACAACCAGAUCAUACAGCACAGCACGAUAAAACUCAUCAUAAUAAUAACGUGACUUUAGAGCACUCGUCCAGACACACACAGCAAUUUUACGAAACUGUGAAUGGAAUCAGUGACACUUGUCAUCCAUUAGAAAGCAGCAGCACUCAGCAUGUAUUUUCUAGAAACUCUCUGAGCCAUGGAUCAAAUACACCUACUGUUCUUGGUCAGCAGAGUCAAUACAAAGACAUGUACUCAAAAGGAUGCUUUAUAAAUAAUCCACUACAAGAAUAUAACCAUAAAUACACAGUUCAUGAGAAGUCUAAUGAAGUAACAACAAGAUACCCGAGUUAUAAUGUUAACAUGAACCCCCAACCUUCUGGAUUGGCAGUGAUACAAGGAGCAGAGCCUUACAUGGGACCAAUGUUCUCUCCGUUGCCUAUGGAGGCAGACACAAGAUACAACGGAUCUUCUAGCUCGCAUAGUACUUACCGCGAAACACUCUCUAUAGACACGUAUUCACGCGGAGUCCAUUCACGCUUUCAUCCCUACACGUCCCCAGGAAAGCACUCCUCGGAUACUAGAUCCUUGAGCAUAGUUUCGUCUAAUACAGAUGAUGGGUACAUAUUAUCAAAGCCAAACAAGAAAACUCUACAUUAA